UGUGCGCUUGCGCCAGAUGAAGGAGGACGGAUCCAGGUCACCAAAUUACUGUCUUGCUCGAGUUGUUUUAAAAUAAAAGGAAAGUGAAAGCGAACGCCGGAUACGUCACAGGCUGACGUUCGUCACUGAACGUGGUCCAAAAUACCGGUUUCACAGAGGCUGCAGAUCCCCUCCCUGCAGUGCAGUUCCUGUGUGCGCAACUCAGUGGGUCAGAGAAGUUGAAGGUGCAAACUUGUUGCAAUUAAAUGUGUGCACUGUGCUGGGACUGAGAUGUCCCCUCUCUUCAUGGAGACCUGCUACCAGCCCAACAGUCCUGGAUCUGCUGAAGGACACUCGUCUUCGCAGGAGACAGAGACGGAGGGACACACGGCGAAGUAUGGACAGACAAAGAGACAACGAAAGAACAGAGACGCCGCCCGUAAGAGCCGCAAAAAACAAAUGGAGAGAGCCGAUGAACUCCACCAGGAGCUGCAGCAGCUGGAGCGGUCUAACUCGGACUUCCAAAAGGAGAUCAGAGCACUAAAAAAAGACGUCCAUCGCUACACGACAGCCCUUGAGCGCCAUAAGCCCUUUUGUCGCCUCGAGGCGUCCGCCCUCACUACGACAUCCAGCCAGGCUCCUGAACCUGUAGACAUCAAUCAGAGCACAUGUCCUUCGCUCUCAUCCGCCCUAUCUUCCCACAGUCUAUUUACACCCGCUCCCCAUUCUGUCUUCUUCGGAGGCGUCUCCACGCCAGCCAGCGCUGAGACUGACAAUCUUUUCCAGCUGGAAUUCCAAGGUAUGGCCGCUUCUACCACGCUUCCCUCUGAACCACCUUUAUCUGCAGAAAGUUUGGGAACGCCCUUGCUUGAUCCGCAUGAAUUUACUGGAAAUCCUGACAACUCGGACUAUCAGUGCUCCACAUCUUUUGCACAGGCCAGUGAAGAUCUUGCUUUGAAGCCAAGCGAGGAGCUCAUGUCGGCAUCUAAGCUUCUGCUCUCCUUGCUUUCCAAUCCCAGUCCUUCCGGUAACCUUCCGACGUCAAGCAGCAACCUGGAUGUACCGUUCCAAUCAAAUGCAUCCUCGCAGGCUGUGAUGGAGGAAUGUCCAGGGAAUCUGUCAUUUUCGGAUCUCCUGGAGGACAAUGAGUGGAUUCUAAAUGCAGGGACAAGUGACUACUAGUCACAUGUGUGGAUUACUGGAAAACAUGUUGGUCCCCACAUUGUUCCAGUCAGAAGUUUAUUUACACUCAUCAUGGGAAUGAAUGUCACAUUCAUGUUAAAGCCUUCAUGAUUUAUUGGAACUGUCCUUUUUGUUGCAAGGAAAUUAUUACACAAUGUAAAUCUUCAGUGUGUACAUCGAAAAAGACUUCAAUUCUCAAAUCUUCUCUGAGGUGGAGGACUUUCCAUUGCUCUGAGUGUUAGUGGAUGAAAUGAGUCAUGCUGCCAAAGUAACAUCACCAGCUGCAUUACCGCCUUUUCCUCUCGGCAGAUCUCGCACCAUCCAUAGGUUUUGUAGUUUUACGUGAAGAAGCGCAUGUAACAUGUCAAACGAAUUAACAGAGUCAUAUAUUCUUCUUCGGGGGAGGAGGGCGUAACAAAGAAUAAUUGCGAAGCACUGUGUUAAAGAGAGCAAUGCAUUUUUAACACAGCUUUUGCAAGCAUCCUACAUUUAUUUUGGAUGCUUCCAAUAUUUGUAUUUACACACAGGAACAAAGUUACUUUACCAAUAACAAAAAUGACCAGAGUCAAAAUGAUUAGGUGCAGCUCAAAACACCAUCCUAGUUUGAGAGACAACAAGAGUUGGAAGCCAUGUGCUCUGAUUACUCAAACCUAUUUGAAGUCAUUAGUGUGAGUCGUGUCAAGGUUGAAGGAAUCCUGAAGAAAGAAGGAUAUUUGAAGAUCGUGGAGGAAAACCUCAAGCACUCAGCAGCAAAACUGGGAAUGGGUCUAUGCUGUUUUCCAAAAUUAUAACGACCCAAAACAUACGUCACUCCUGGUGGAAAAAAAGAGCGCCAGCAUGCCAAAGUGAAUGUUAUUGAAUGGUUUGCACAAAGCUCCGACUUGAAUCCCAUCGACAAUCUUUGGGGAAAAUUGAAGACCAAAGUCCAUGGCAGAAAACCGUCAAAUUUUGCAGAGCUUGAGAGGUUUGCCAAAUAAAAAUGAGCCGGGAUUGCUCAAGAGAUGUGUGAGAGACUUGUGGAAAACUGUAACCAUGGAUUGCAGGCUGUUAUCCAGUAAAAAGAACACACAAUUGCCUGUUAGCAGCAAGGGGUUAAUCAUUUUGACUCUGGUCUUUGUUUUUGUGAAAUAACUUUGUUCCUGAGUGUAAAUAAAUACAAUUAUUGGAAGCAUCCAAAAUGAAAGAAGGAUGCUUGGAAAAGCGGUGUUAAAAAUGCAUUGCUAUCUUUUACAGCACUUCGGAAAUACUAAAAAAAAAAAAAAUUCAUGGGAGGGCUGAUAGUUUUGUCCUCAACUCUAUAUUAAUUUCAUCCUAGAAAAAGAACAGUUCAAAUGAAUCAUUUGAACAUUUUACACAUUUGUAGGUGAAACAAUUCAACAUGUCAGAACAAGAGUCAAAAGAAGCAGAGCUAUUACAUUUAAAAUCAAGUGUGUGUAAACCUGUGACUUGAACUAUUAAUCAAAAUAUGAAAUUAAGUGUGCUAUACAUAAAACAUUUUCUGCCUCAAGCAACAAACACUGGGACAACUCCUGCAUUAUAUUUAUUUUUGUCACCCAUUGUAUUGACUAUUUAACACUGUUUAUUCCUGUGCAAUAAUGUACUGCAUGCAUAUUUGUGCACUCAGUAAUGAAGUGCAAAACUGGUGAAGAAUAGACCAAUAAAUGAUUUAUAAAUCACAUGUAUUUAAGUUAAUGUUUUUUUUUCAACGUGUUAAACAAAGCAAGGAGGCUACAGCUGAAAGUUAGUAUACAUUUCAGUACUGUAAGGAGGUAAGAAUAACAAUUUGAAAUUUUGCGCAGUUGUCUCUUAUGCAUGCACAGAGUCAGAGAAUGUAUUCAAGCGUUCCAAACAACUGAUUACAUUAUUUUGUGUAAAAUAAUAGUCAGAUUGAAAGUGCCAGAAUAGAGGUUUUCUUUUUUACAUUUAUGGUAAUAUUUCAAUGGAUGUUGAUUACAUUAUUUUACUGAGAAAUAACAGUAGUAUCUCACCUUAAGAGAGUUUUGCG